AUGUAUCACUCUAAGUCGUACUUGAAAAACGUGCGUGUCUUGUUGACGCGUGCGGUACAAGACUCUGUUCGAAUCGCGUACCGAGCGGCUUUCCGUGCCCAAGUUGAAAAGCACCACGGUCGACGCAUCGGAAACGCGUACCAGCAGGGCUGCUCAGGGAGCUACGCCGCUGUCGGACAGCAAGCUCGCUGCUGUUCAAGUGGGACGGAGCGGCCUGUGAGCUGGUUUUCACCGGGCGGGGAAGUGCACUUUCCAGGGGCGGUUGCAGCGCCGUACACACACAAGCUCGUCGUUGAAGAAGCGGCAAAGCUCUUGCCCAUACCAGCUUUCCGACUUUUGAAUAACAACGGUGAACUGGUCGAUGGAGUUGACUCCAAGUCAGUGGAGGAAAAAGUAAGCGGGGCAGUGCUGCGCAAGAUCUAUGACUGCAUGGUUGCUCUGAACGUAAUGGAUUCGAUUUUGUUUUCCGCGCAACGUCAAGGCCGAAUAUCUUUCUACUUGACCUCGUUUUGCGAGGAGGCUGCCGUUGUUGCGUCCGCAGCGGCCUUAGAUAACCAUGAUGAGGUUUUCGCGCAGUACAGAGAGCAAGGCGUUCUGCUGUGGCGCGGCUACACGUAUGACGAUUUUUGCCAGCAAUGCUGCAGCACGCGGAAGGAGCCUGCGCGUGGCCAUCAGAUGCCCGUGCACUACGGCCGAAAAGAUAUGCAUUUUCAUACCAUUUCAUCAACUUUGGCUACGCAGAUACCCCACGCUGUAGGCGCGGCAUAUGCGCUCAAACUUGAUGGCAAAGGGAUCGCAGCAUGUUACUUUGGCGAGGGCGCUGCAAGCGAAGGCGAUUUUCACGCUGCCAUGAAUUUCGCGUCCACACUCGACUGCCCGGUGCUUUUUAUCUGCCGCAACAAUGGGUAUGCGAUCUCGACGCCUGCAACCGAACAGUUCCGCGGGGAUGGCAUUGCCAGACGGGCAUGUGGCUAUGGUAUGGACGCGAUUCGUUGUGAUGGGAACGAUGCCCUGGCUGUUUACGUUGCCACAAACUAUGCCCGCGAUCGAAUUGUGGCAACGAGUAGACCGAUGCUUUUGGAGCUGCUGACCUACAGAGGUGGGCAUCAUUCGACAUCGGAUGACUCCUCCCAGUACCGUUCGCUCGAAGAGAUUGACUACUUCAUGCGUUAUGCCGACCCGAUCGCCCGUUUGGGACGCUUUCUGAACGUGUCGCCUGCAGAAGAGCAGGCGAUGCGUAAACGCGAACGCACUCUGGUUCUUGAUGCACUAUCUAGCGCUGAACAAGAGGAAAAGGAACCACCACUCGACAUGUUCCUCGAUGUGUACAGCUCGAUGCCCCCGCACCUGAUCCGGCAGAGAGAGAGCUUACGAUUGAGCCUGGAGCGUAUAGAGCAGGCGAAAGCGAACCGGGCGUCGACAUCGCCUAAAUGA